UGGCCGGAGAUCUCGCGAGAUCUGCGCCCGAGGCGGCGGCGGCCCAGGGCCAAGAUGGCGGAAGAGGAGGUGGCCAAACUGGAGAAACACCUGAUGCUUCUUCGUCAGGAGUAUGUCAAGUUGCAGAAGAAGCUCACGGAAACAGAGAGGAAAUGCGCUCUCCUUGCCGCUCAGUCGAACAAAGAGAACUCCAGCGAUUCCUUCAUCAGCCGACUACUUUCCAUCGUCGCAGAGCUGUAUGAACAAGAACAAUACAGUGACCUGAAGAUAAAGGUUGGAGACAAGCACAUCCAUGCUCACAAAUUCGUAUUGGCAGCCCGCAGCGAGGCUUGGAGUCUGGCCAACCUGGUGUCAACGGAAGAGCUAGAUCUGUCAGAUGCUGACCCUGAGGUGACCAUGGCUAUGCUGCGCUGGAUCUACACCGAUGAGCUGGAGCUGAGGGAGGAUGAUGUGUUCCUGACAGAGCUGAUGAAACUAGCCAACAGGUUUCAGCUGCAGCUCCUCCGAGAAAGGUGUGAAAAGGGAGUCAUGUCCCUUGUCAACGUGAGGAACUGCAUUCGCUUCUACCAAACAGCCGAGGAGCUGAACGCCAGCACUUUGAUGAACUACUGCGCCGAGAUCAUUGCUAGCCACUGGGACGACCUGAGGAAAGAAGACUUCAGCAGCAUGAGCGCUCAGCUCUUGUAUAAAAUGAUCAAAUCGAAAACGGAGUUCCCUUUACACAAAGCUAUUAAAGUGGAGAGAGAAGACGUCGUGUUCCUCUACCUGAUUGAGAUGGACUCGCAGCUGCCGGGGAAGUUGAACGAACUGGAUCAAAACGGAGACCUUGCUUUAGACUUAGCCCUCUCCGGGAAACUGGAAAGCAUCGCCACCACUUUGGUUAAUCACAAGGCAGAUAUUGACAUGGUAGACAAGAAAGGGUGGAGCUUGCUGCAUAAAGCGAUUAAAAGAGGUGAUACAUUUGCUGCUAAUUUCCUCAUCAAACACGGUGCCCGGGUGAACGCGGCCACUUUGGGAGACCAGGAGACCCCCCUGCACAUUGUCGCAUCCUACAGCCCGAAGAAGCACAAACCGGACAUCAUGGCCGAGAUGGCGCAGAUUGCGGAGGCCCUCUUGAAGGCAGGGGCCAAUCCGAACAUGCAGGACAGCAAAGGAAGGACGCCUUUGCAUGCCUCCAUUCUUGUGAGGAACGACCAGGUGUUCAGCCAGCUGCUCCAGUGCAAACAGCUUGAUUUGGAACUGAAGGACCACGAGGGAAGCACGGCUCUCUGGCUCGCCGUCCAGUAUAUCACGGUGUCUUCCGACCCCUCCGUCAACCCCUUUGAAGACGUCCCGGUGGAGAACGGCACCUCCUUUGACGAGAAUAGCUUCGCCGCCAGACUGAUCCAGCGAGGAAGCAAUACGGAUGCCCCGGACACUGUGACUGGGAACUGUUUGCUUCAGAGAGCCGCCGGAGCAGGAAAUGAGGCGGCCGCCCUCUUCCUGGCCACGCACGGGGCCAAAGUGAACCACAGGAAUAAAUGGGGGGAGACUCCGCUGCACACCGCUUGCCGGCACGGCCUCGCCAACCUCACGGCAGAGCUGCUGCAACAGGGGGCCAACCCGAACAUCCAGACGGAGAAAGCCACGCCUGCGCCCAAGGCGGGGGGGAGGACCCCCAACCUGGCAGAGAACAUCAGCCUGCAGACCCCUCUUCACAUGGCGAUCGCCCACAACCACCCCGAUGUGGUGUCUGUCAUACUGGAGCAAAAAGCAAACGCCCUUCAUGCCACCAACAACCUGCAGAUCAUCCCUGAUUUCAGCCUCAAGGACUCCAGAGACCAGACGGUCUUGGGAUUAGCGCUAUGGACAGGCAUGCACACGAUCGCCGCCCAGCUCCUCGGGUCGGGGGCCUCCAUCAACGACACCAUGUCCGACGGGCAGACUCUGCUGCACAUGGCCAUCCAGAGGCAGGACAGCAAGAGCGCCCUCUUCCUCCUGGAGCACCAGGCAGAUAUCGGCGUCAGGACUCAGGAUGGCGAGACAGCCCUCCAGCUGGCCAUCAAAAACCAGCUUCCCCUGGUGGUGGAUGCCAUCUGCACUCGGGGAGCGGACAUGUCCGUGCCGGAUGACAAAGGGAACCCGCCACUUUGGCUCGCCCUGGAAAACAAUCUGGAAGACAUCGCUUCAACGCUGGUCAGACACGGAUGUGAUGCCACUUGCUGGGGUCCAGGACCGGGCGGCUGUUUACAGACCCUCCUGCACAGAGCCAUCGACGAGAACAACGAACAGAUUGCCUGCUUUCUCAUCCGCAGCGGCUGCGACGUGAACAGCCCGCGGCAACCUGGCGCCAACGGUGAAGGCGACGAGGAAGCCCAUGACGGGCAGACGCCGUUGCAUUUGGCCGCCUGUUGGGGUCUUGAGGAAGUUGUCCAGUGCCUUCUGGAAUUUGGCGCCAACGUGAAUGCACAGGAUGCAGAAGGGAGGACGCCCAUCCACGUGGCUAUCAUCAACCAGCACGGCGUCAUCAUCCAGUUAAUGAUUUCACACCCAAACAUCCAGCUCAAUAUCCGGGACCGGCAAGGCAUGACACCUUUCGCCUGCGCAAUGACCUACAAGAACAACAAGGCAGCAGAGUCCAUCCUCAAGAGGGAGCCGGGAGCUGCGGAGCAGGUUGAUAACAAAGGCCGGAAUUUCCUCCACGUGGCUGUUCAGAAUUCAGACAUUGAGAGCGUCCUCUUCCUGAUCAGCGUCCAGGCGAACGUGAACUCCAGGGUUCAGGACGCCUCCAAACUCACCCCGUUGCAUCUCGCCGUGCAGGCUGGCUCCGAAAUCAUUGUGCGCAACCUGCUCCUGGCAGGCGCCAAAGUCAACGAGCUGAACAAGCACCGCCAAACGGCCCUCCACCUCGCCGCCCAGCAGGACCUUCCCACCAUUUGCUCCGUCCUUCUGGAGAAUGGAGUCGACUUUGCCGCCGUGGACGAGAACGGGAACAACGCCCUGCACCUGGCGGUCAUGCAAGGACGUCUGACCAACAUCCGUGUCCUCCUGACGGAGUGCACGGUGGAUGCCGAAGCCUUUAAUCUCAGAGGCCAGUCCCCGAUGCACAUCCUGGGGCAAUACGGGAAAGAUAACGCGGCAGCCAUCUUCGACCUCUUCCUGGAAUGCAUGCCGGAAUACCCCCUGGACAAGCCCGACGCCGAAGGGCACACGGUGCUUCUCCUGGCCUACAUGAAGGGGAACGCCAACCUGUGCCGUGCCAUCGUGAGAGCCGGGGCUCGCUUGGGCGUCAAUAACAACCAAGGGGUCAACAUCUUCAACUACCAGGUGGCAACCAAGCAACUGCUCUUCAGGCUUCUGGACAUGCUGUCCAAGGAACCUCCCUGGUGCGACGGCUCCAAUUGCUACGAGUGCAGCGCCAAGUUCGGGGUCACCACAAGGAAACAUCACUGCCGGCACUGCGGGCGUCUCCUCUGCCACAAGUGCUCGACCAAGGAGAUCCCCAUCAUUAAAUUCGACUUGAACAAGCCGGUCCGGGUCUGCAAUAUCUGCUUUGACGUCUUAACCCUGGGUGGGGUCUCCUAGUCCUCUGCAGGGACGGGGAGGGGUUCCCGGUAGCCACCCCUCCCUCCUCGCCUCGCAGCCUCUCGCGGAGAGACGUCAGAAGGGCCUCCUUUUGUCUUCCUGUGAUGACAGACCAGUCGGCUUAAGGGACCACACAAGCGUUGUAUCCUAGUAUAUACGGGGUUGUUUUCUUUUCUAUGAACAUUAAUGGGGACAAAUGGUAAGAAACUGGAUUCGGGGAAACAAAUCGGAACCAUUUUGCGGCAGAAGUAAGCGUGAACUGCAUUUGGCCGUCAGCUUACUGCAGUGCAGAGGGUUGACCAAAUAAUUAAUAAUAAUAAUGAGAUUUUUUUUUACCAAUAAUCAUGUAACAAAAACAGGCCUUAGUAGGCUGUGAAGCUGACAGGGAUUCCUUUGAUGCCCUCUCUCGCAUCAGUUUCUUUCUUUAAAAAAAGAUGCACUUACAUUUCUGGGUGACUCUGUGCGAUGAACAGAGUCCCCCCCCCCUUUCUGUUCUCUUUCUGUUGAGAGAAUUGGGGUUGUCCUUUUCUUCUCUGGCUUUUUUGUCCUAAAAGCAGGCAGCUGUAACUACACACAGGGAUGGCCUCGUCCAGAAGGCAUGAUCUACAAUACAGGGUUUGGUUUAGUGCACUUUUUUUUUCCUUUUCUUUGGUGGCCUUAUCACAAAAGCAUUACUGUUUCUUCUGUUGAAAGAAAAAAAAAACAGAGAUCCCAGUGUUACUGCUUCCCUUCCCUUCAGGGUUACCCUCUCAGAUCUUAAGAAGUCUGGGUCUUGGGAAAGAAUUGGAGGUAUCUUAGCUACUAGAUUUGAUGAAGGCUUUUCUAAGCUCGUGGCUGGUCCUUUUAGUCAUGUGCUGAUGCAGUUGCCUAGGUAGUCCUGUGUUUACCAUCCAUGCUAGAGGAAGUCCUGGCUUGGGGGGGCGGCAACCUAGAAGUGAAAAGAUAGGGCUGGAGCCACCUUUGCGCAUGUAAGCACAGCUAGUGGUGUAGUCUGUGCUGUGGAUGUUUGUCGGGACGGGAAGGGUGGUGAGAGAACUCCCCUGAUCUGUAAUCUCCUGCAUAUGUAUUUGUAAAAAUGGUGGCGAGCCCUUCGAAGUUGGGAAGUCACAGCUUCACCUUGGGAGAUGGUGAAGCAGGGAGCCUGCUCUGUUGCGUCGGCAAUUUGGCCCCGUCGAGGUGCUCUGGAUCAAACAUGCACACAGCGGACCCGAGCUUUCAUUGCCAGAUAAAUGUUAGCCCGGCCUCUGGUCUCUUAUGAUCAAGAGUUAGGAAAGGGAAUGAUCUUCAGAUCUUGUUGGGUUGGCGCUCACUCUUAUCUAAUGCUCGCUGGCACUAAUGGGCUUCGGAGUCUGGAGGAUUUAUAGGUGGCCCACUGGAGCACAAACGCACUCACCUUCUCACAAACACACACACGCACAUUACCUCUCCUUCACACCUACUUGGGCUCCCUCUCAUGCAGAUGGUCUGCAACCCCCUGCAUUUCACGUCGACUCUUAUCUCUGUCGCAAACCCUACGGAACCACUUCUGAGCAGACACUUGUCAUGCGCACGGCGGGUGCAACACAGUGGGUGACUCGCUCCACCUGGCAGACGCCAACCCAUUGGGGGUGGGGAGGUCCAGCUGCCACAUCCUUUAGCAUAAAGCUUUUUCUGUUUUGUCUUGCCUUCUUCGAAAAGUAACUCAAACCCCCCGAACAAUGGACAUCACUUGUACCUUCUGUUAUUGCUCCUUGAAAGAACCAGUUGGGGAUGUAUGUCUUAUCUUAACCUUCCAUAACCACUAGUUUUGAUGGUGCGUGUAUAACGUAAGGCGGGGGGAGAGCGAGCGGUCUUUCAUACCUUCGGAUUGCGUCCUCUCUCCGCCUUUCUAGAAUGCUAAUAAGUCCUCUAAUGAUGUCUCCUAUAUAUAUAUAUGUAAAAAGAGCUGAAACCAUAGUGCUACUUCUUUUUUAUAUAUAUAUUACUGUGAUUUAUAGAAAACAUAACAGCUUUAUAUGUUAAGUAAAAAUCCUGGGCUUGUGCAGUAAAAAAAAAGAAAAGAAAAGGCUUUCUGGGAAAUAAGGUCUCAACAGUGCAAUGGUAAAAACAAUACAUUUCAGAAAUACCAGGAUUUGCUGCUUGGUCGUUUCCCAGCUGCCUUCAUGGAAUGAACUGGAAUCCUGCCCUCUUUCCAGCUAGCUGGGAGGGUCUCCCCCUUUCCAAACCCUGUGCCAGACUGAUCUCACUUUUCACCUUAAAAGAAUCAAGCCCUUUUAUCAGGUUUAUUCCAGGGGUGCAAGACUAAGCCAAGCAGUGAGAUGUCAACAUUUCAUAUGGGUAUGGAUCACAACAUCCAUAGUCUUUUUGUCCAGAGUUAACUAGAGGCUCUAGACGUUCCUAUGCUCUGGUUUGACUUGGUCUCGGUAAUGCACCCAAAAGAGAUAGAUUCUGUAAACAUUCUCUUUAGAGAGAAAUAUUUCUCUCAACCGGCAUUCUCUAUGUGUGUGACUAAUGGACUAAUCGGUCAUUUGACUAAUCGGAUCAAUUCACAGCCCCUCUCCAGACUGUAAAUGUUUGUACAAAUGAUGAUCAGAGGUGCCAGUAACGACAAGGAAAAAGCCACAGCACCAGGGGCAGAAUUUGGAAAUACCCCGGGAACUAGAACCGAUUCUUCAAGGCAGUUCGGUUUGCGUGAACCUCGGUUGGGUGUUGCACAGAAACGAUCAUUGUAAAGCACUUUUUAAUAAAACAUUUAAGACUGA